UGUAUGGACAAUCCAUGGGCGAACGCUUGGGCCACCUCGGAAACCACCACCACCUCGGACGAACCUGGCUGGGAACAGUCUAAAACGGUCAAUAAACCCUGGAUUCAGCCAUCGGAUACCACAGAACCCACCUGGAAUCCACCGUCACCUCAAUGGACCGUUAACGAGCCAACCUGGCGACCACCAACACCGCAAUGGUCGAAGCCUGAAUCGGAGACAGAGUUCGAAAGUGAAAAGGAAGGAGAAGAAUGGCCAAAGCUGUCACCCAGUGUCGCAGACGAGGAGGACGUGCAGGAUCUUGUUGUGGCAGCUUCGGAAAUAUCACCACAGUCUCCCUCGGCAGUCGACGCGUUUGGGUCAUUUGAAGCUGCGCAAUGGCAUGAUAAUGAUAUCCCUCAAAGAGAAGACGAAGAUAAGGACUUUAGGCCCAUAGACGAAUGGGAGCUUGCAAAGCAAGAAAAGGCUAAGCAGGACCAAUACGUUCCGCCGGAGCUUCUCUCUACAAUUCUUACUCAACUAGAGAUACUCUCAAAGGACAUAUUCCUUCAGAAGGUGCCCAACCACGGCAUGGCCCCGACAACCCUCGCACGCGAUAUAGUAGAAGCGGUGGAAGGACUCGAAGCAGUCGCCAACCAACUCAUCCCGACAUCAAUCUCCUUAGAACCUAUUCCCCCGUUUCCCAAGUCGUGGAUCCACAAGAAGACCGCCGAUGCGGUACGACUCUCACGGCACACUAACGUCUCCCGACAGGCGAGCCCGUUGGCGAAGUACCUCGAAUCGAAAGGCUCAACUGCAUGGGAAGCCGCAAUCAAGUCCCGUCCAGAACCUAUUCACGAUGAUAGUGAUGUUUUACCAGUGGGCUGGAAGGUUCUUGACACUCAGAAAGGGAGGGGCACAGUUGCUAUUCCAGAAAUGAAACGGAAGAGCACCGGUCUUCUGUCAUCGUUCUUUGGAAGAAAUAAAUCGGCUUCACCUGCUCCCUCGACGAGUACUUCGCCUACACCUUCUCCCAGACAUAGUAUUGACUUGGGUGAGGACCCCACUUCUCCUACAUUCGCUGCCACGACUUCUACCGCGAAGCAUAUACUGCCUUCAAUGACAAAGCCCACUCCUGUGCCCGUUCCUACCCCUUCGACUUUUCCCACUACUUCUGCUGCGAUUUCUACGGCAGAGUGUAAUCCGUCUCCGGAUAUAUUUCUCCCUGACAGCCCACCACCUUCUGCCGUCUCCCGUUUUCUCGGUCGGUUUUCUCGCACUAAACCAAGUAAUGCCAACGCAACCUCAAUGGCAUUGUCGUCAGACGACCUCGAUUUUCUGACAGAACAUGACACAUCCAAGGCGGUACCAAGCGCGUUGGAUGACGAUGACGACCCAUUGGGUUUUGGCUCACUCCAAAGUAAUCCCGUGAAAAAGAUUUCUCUACUCGCCUCUCCUGUAAUGGCCCCACCGCCAACAUCAUCCACAAGCACAAAGACAACCCUCCCCACCCCGCCGGUGUUGCCUCUAGGUUUACCAACUCCCACGACGUCGUCAUUUGCACCAGAAAUAUUAGAUGACGCCCGAACUCCGACCACGUUGAAAUUCAAUUCCGCUUAUCCAGGUACUACCUCUAAGCAAAUUAACGGAGGGAAAGGUUUUGGAUGGGUGCCCCCCACGGGUUCUUGCAUUGGCGAGCCCACCCCGACCACCCCAAAUUCUUCCUCCUUACCGACACUCAAUGCGAGUACUGGGAGCACAUCAGCGGUUAGACAUUCUCCAUUUCUUCCACCUCCAACAAAGGUUGGCAAACGACCUACCCUGGUUGCUAUAAUGUCUUCCUCACCAUCAGAUAGACCUGCUCCGUCGCCCAAAUUGCCGCCACCUCCUGGAGUCGGAAUCCAUCCUGCGCCACCUUUACUGGCAGCUCCUGGCUCCGGGUCUCAGGUCAACUCGCCAUCGCGUAUUAGCAACGGAUCCUUCCCUUCCGAAGCGCAAUUUAAAGCACCAGGGGGGAGUCCGGAGAAAGACACGCUACCGCCUCUACCCAAUGAGUCGUAUGCUGGUCCCUCGUCAAGUGUACAUAACGAUGACGAUUUUGCCGACUUUCAGGACUCCAGUUUUGCCAGUUUCAGAAUCGCUCCUAGCAGCCUUGGCUUCAGUCCGGCACAUAGUCAUAGGUUCAAUCAGAGUAUAUCAAGUACAUCGUCUGCUUCCGAAACAAGCUUCUUUGGUGGUCUGGGUGAUAGUUCGAUGGAUUCAAAUAUGAGCAUGAGCGGAAGCAGUGUGAGCGGAGAGGAUAGGGAUAGUAUGUUCAGUAAUUUCGAUGAAUUCGUUUCUGGUUUGACUGUUCCUCCCUCGACAAAUGCGAAGUCACAACCAGCGUCGCACUCACUAUCAAAUGCGCUGGUCUCACAGCCAGCUCAGUCCUCCCCUCCCCUUAUAGUGCCCUCAAGUCAACAACUGGCACGCCAAUCCAAGCUGUUACACCAGCGAACGCAAUCUCCCCUCGACUCUGUUAAAGGGAAGCCACGGCCAUCUACAUCUUCAGGUGCCUCUUCUCCCUUACCUACACUUAGCAGGCAGAACACUGGAAACACGUCGUUCCCUGCCCCUGUGUUGAGUAGCGGUAGCUCCCUAACUUUGAGCAGACAGAAUACCGGCAAUGGCAAUGGAAACGGCCAUCGUUCGUUCACCCCUGUUAUCACGAGUACUUCACGCCAAAACACGGGGACUUUCCCAUCUGUCAUCAUGAGCACCGCCCACAGCGGGCGGAGAACUGAAGCUGAAGGUUUAAGUGGUAUCCCGCCAGUCUUGCCAGCUCCACCUGGGUCUGGAUCAUCACUGGCAGCUGCUAAGCCGUCAGGUUCGGUGGCGGACUCGGAUAUUUUCGGGAAUUACGAGGGUAACGCGUCAACAUUGCCUCCUGUAUUGUUACCUCCGUCGACUGCGAACAAGGGUAUGUCUUCUGAGAAUGACGACCCGUUGGAUCUGUUUGGGGGAAGUAUGGGUACAGGUAGGAGUCAGUCUCUAUCUGUACCACCACUUGGUGCAAGUACUGGUAAAAGUAGUGGUGGGCUAUCGGCUCAGGAUUUGUCAUUUUUCGAGGGGCUGUAGGUCUCUGAUUUUAGUCUUGGUUAUCUCCGAUUCCGAUAUUUCGCAUUUAUUCAACGAAGAGCGUGUCAAACACGCAAUCGCCCUUAUGAGUAUAAAUUUUUCCAAAGGUCAUCUCAGGUCAAGUGCUAGUGAUCACAGAUACGUGUGAUGAUCGUACUUUUGAGGAGUGUGAAGGUCAGGAACGACCAAGCUUUCGUACUCUUUCACUAUCAUCUACAUUGGUGUUGGUAGAUGUUCCAUCGACCCCUUUUACCUUUACCUGUCCAAUCAAUCUUUGUACGACGUUCUCCCACAUGUGAUUAUUGACCCCUUUAGCUUGUCCGAGCUGUCCCCGAAGCAGUGAAAGUUCUGCUUCCAAGUCAGUUACACGCGAUUGUAGGGCGACUGUAUCUUGGCCUCGUUCUUGCGAUGCGGAUGUUUGAAGAAAAUAACUUUGAUCAUGAACAACCGCUUCUUCCG